AUGGGUGGAAUUUUCAUGGAUACAGGAACAACUUUUACCUAUUUUCCUCAUGAUUUUUAUGUCAUAUUUCGCUACAUAUUUAGAGGUGAAGUACAAGAUAUUCCUAUGGUUGAAAAUUCAAUCGGACCUUUUGAUACUUGCGAUAAAGAAGAUCCAAUUGGUCGUGAUUUAUACUUUUCUGCUGUGAAGUUGUACUUUGGCAGCGUAAACUCCAGUACGAUGUUGUUUCUCGUACAAGAACGAGUUGUUGUGAACUAUCGUGGGCUCUACUGCUUGGCUUUUAUUGGAUGGAAUAGAGACCAGUCAGUAUUAGGCAUGUAUCAACUCCAAGGUGUAGGCUUAACUUUUGAUACUUCAGAAAAUACGCUGUCCUUUGACAUAGAUGCAUGUGAUUAA